GUAUCAUUCGCAAAGCAAGGAACAAACUAUCGAGAUGGAGAUUGAAAAUCCGGUCUUGCACGUUAUUGUAGUGGGAUUUCAUCACAAAAAAGGAUGCCAGGUAGAAUUCUCUUAUCCACCACUGGUGGCCGGCACGCUUGGCAAAAACGAGUGCCCUUCGGGUUGGAAGUAUCUACCAACGCUUGCUUUACCGGAUGGGUCUCAUAAUUUCAGUAGUGAUUUCGUCUGCUUCAAUCUUCCUAGUCUGGUUGACCCGCAAAAGUCUGUGUACGGCAUUUCUUGCUAUCGCCAGAUAGCCAUAGAGGACGUGAAAAUCCGUACGGCUGAUCUCACUCGCAGCACCGUCCAAAAGGCGGUGUGUGCUCUACUCUCUAUACCUAUCUACGGCUAUGUCGAGGUAAAGCUCUCGCUGAUAGCGCGCGCGUUCUUCGAGCAGGGCGAUUUUUCUUCCACUGACAUCUUAGUGAAAGCAUUUGAACAACUGAACGCCUGUUUGAUUUGUCUAGAACCAAGAGAUAUUGCUCCGUCGCGGCUGCACUUUAUAGGAAUACCUUUGCGAGAACUGUUGCUAAAGUGGAGGCACAAAAUAUUAAUUUUGUUCAAGCUGCUCUUGUUGCAGAAGCGUGUGGUUUGCUUUGGUUCGCCGGUAAAACCUAUGUGUGCAUUGAUACUGGGCAUCGCAUCACUCCACCCCGAGCUUAUUAGCAAUGGCUUUCAACAGGUGGCUUGUGUGAAAAUAUCUCGAUCGAUGCAGACACUUAGUACACUGGUUGGCGAUGAAGGAAUAAUGCAGAGCAGCACGUCACAACCGAACUCUUCAAGUUUGGUCGCCGGACAACCUGGUCAGAACUACCAUCAAGAGGAUAUACAAACAGAAAAUAAUUGUCACGAGGCAAAAGAAGAGGCACUUAUAUUAGAAAGUGUGCAGCAUAUGAAAGACGAUGGUGACGAUGUUGACAGGCGUGGUGUCGACAGCACCAAGGAGUUCAACCUUGAACGAGGUAGAUCAGCCUCGAUCAGUUCCUCAUCAUCGCAACCUUCGUCAGUGAUGAAAGGGGACGAUGAUGGAACGAAAGUUUGGCUUCCGACCAAUGCACAAACACUUGUUCGUGAAACAAGUGUCGACACGAUAGCGUCGAACUUUUCUAGUCUGUGCGCGAUUGAUUCAGAGGAAUGGGGUGCUCCUUUGCACAUAUUUCACGACGGCUACCUAUGUUUACCGUAUCUCUCACUACCGUACAUGGAUCUGCUAUCCGACCCAUCGGUUAAGGGCUACAUCAUUGGUGCGUCGAAUGUACUCUUUCAACACAAACGCCAGCUGGCGGACGUAAUGAUCGACAUUGAGAACAUGGUCAUCGACGCGCUCGAUCUUGAUACCAAGCGUCAGAUACAACUAAGCACCGAGGAUCUACGAUUCGUCGAUUUUGUCUUACGAAACGUACAAACACCUCGGGAAGAUGCCGAGGGCAGUGAGAGUUGGAUACGGGAGCAGCUGUAUGGUUACACGGUGGCGUUGCUUAAAUCAUCACUAAAUACCGAGGGUAGCAAAGAAUUUGAACAUUUUAAUGUUCACUUCAUGGCUGCGUUCAAAGCAACUUACUGUUACGACGAAUGGUACAAACGGAUGGGAGGAGGUGUCGUGCCUCCUUUCGACAGCCUGCACACGGGCCAUCCGUUCGCCGGUACGCUCUCCAUUACCGAUAUGAAGCUUAAAAUCGCACAAACGAUACAGAAUACCGAAGGAGGUAGAAAACUAAACCAGGCCGUUAUCAGUACAAGCCGAGUCGUUGGUGGCGCACUGACCACGGCAAAGGGCGCCUUCUCUAGUUGGUGGACUUCGGUUACAGCACCGCCGGUAGGUGACUCCCUUCUAUCAACGAUCUCUCAACAAGCAAACAAUGCAUCCGUCGCCGCCGUCGAAUGCGGUCUUAAAGAUGACGAAAACGAACGCGAAGGAGAGUUGGUAAACGAAAACCAAACAUGCCACGGUGCCACCUCCACUCCGACUACAGUAGCGAAGUUAGAGUUUGCUUCUCAGCAACAAGUAAUGGACAGGAAAGCUGUGAUCGAAAUCGGCAAAGAGGCAGAAUUACUGAACCAAGAGCCGUGAACCACAAAAGUGGUUUCCCUUCAGUGAGCAAGCACCGUUGUGUCAGAAUUCCAGUAUUUUAGUAAACGCUACACUCAGCGCGAUAUCUGUGGGUUUUACGUCAGCAAUUCGCCUCAUUACAAUGCAUUA